AGUAGCUGCCCUUUCAUCUCGUUGCCGCACAAUAAAAACAGGCGUAAAGGAUAUUAUGAGGCAGCAGACAUUUGCGAAUAAGAAACAAUCCGUCCAUUUAUACAAUUACUACUUGCUUUGAGAUAAAGAGAGAAGGACGUCAUAACAAUGUUUGGGUCCAAGCUGCGUUCCUGGAUGGAAACGCACAUUGUGCGUCCACGCAAAAAGAACAACAAGCACAAGCAGACGGAAAAUGGUGGCAACAGUAGCAAAGCGGGUACCUUGCCCCAAAGCAGCAAUCUGAAGUCCACAACGAGUCCAGUGUUAACCAGUGGCAGUGGCAGUCAUAGUCACAGCAUUGCCAGUCCGGUGCGACGACGUGAGGUGUCGCCCAUACAAUGCCAUACUCCAAGCCGUUACGGUUGGCAAUCGCCGGAUCAGGAUACGCACACCAUAACCUCACCCAAGUCGGACAAUUUGCUGUAUGCGCCACAUCGCUAUCAACGCCAUCAGUCGCUGCCUCCGCUGCAGCAGCUCCAGCAGCAACAACAGCUGAAUGUGCCCAGCAAGGACAGCUGCAGUUCCAGUGCGGACAAAUCUCCGAUGCGGGUUAACUGCUCCUCCUCCUCCAUAUCGUCGCUUUCUUGGUCUACCGGCUCCAAAGAGCCAUCGAUGCAGUCGUCGGCCAAGCAGGCCAGCUUUAAAGUGGAGCACAUUGAAGUGGCCAACGAUUAUCAGACGCCAGUCGAGGAUGAGGUGGAUUACGAGGAGGUGGGCGCAUUGUUGCUGCGUCCACAGCCCCCGAUUCAGGAUUAUCAGCGUCCAAGCUCUGAGAAUAUGAUCAGCCUGCAGUUGGUCUACGAGGAGGAAGAGGGACAACAGAAGCUGCACUGCCAAUCCCGGCAGAAUAACAGUCAGCAUGUGCACUACGGACGACUCUUGCCCUCCAAGCUGGCCGCCGUUCAGCUGGGCGACUCCGUGGAGAAUCUGACUGUGGCACUACCUCCGCCACCGCCGGCAGUGAUCAACCGCAUGCGGACACCACGAGGUCUGCCACGUGGCAACUUCAUGCCUGGUCCACGUCCACACAGCUUGUCUUCGCCGGAGAGCGCCUACUCCACAGGCUACUCCACCGAUGGCACCUCGCCCUGCGCCGUCAGCGGCAGCUUGAGCUCGAAUCCUCCUGCUCCGGAGUACUACAUCAACAUGCGCAGCGGAACUCAUUACUUCCCUAGUCGGUCCGUCAACUCGCUGGCCAUCGAGGCGCAACGCUACAAGUUCGGGCUUAAUCGCAUUGAGGAGAUGUCUCCAAUGGAUCCGCUGCCUAAGAGCAACUUUGGCAAUGUCCUGGAGCCGAAUCCCAGUCCGUUGGCCUUGCAGCGUUCCUGUCAAGGAGCCAGUAAGCUCUUUGAAUCACCCUCGCCGAGACAACGUCCUCGCAUACGGACCAAUCCCUGGUAUAGCACCGUCGAGCACAGUGCACAGAUAAUUUCUGGGGGAAGGCUGGAGCUGGAUGCCACCAGCACCACCUCCACCACAUCCUCAGGCAUUAAGUCAAGCAAUGAGCUGGAAGUGCGCCCAAACAACAACACAGCAACCAAGACCACACCUAUUAAAGCAGCCGCAACAAAAACAACAACAACAUCGGCAAUUACAACCCCUAAGAAGUUGUCUGAGUCCUCGGAAGGGUCGUCGUCGUCCUCGACUGAAGUGGAAAAUCUGCAUGCACCACAUACCAUCAAGCGGCGCCACUUGGUGGAGCAGCAGGUAGGAAUAGGAGUGGAAGUGGGAGUGGGAGUAGGUGUGGAAAUCGCUGUUGUGGAUGCCUUUAUGGUUAGCGAUGACGAGGCGACACUCAACGAGAUGAUUGGCAAGUUUGACGAGAGCUAUGUCUACGAGAAGGAGACGGACAUACUCAGCAGCGACUCGGAUCACACCGACUGUGCCUCGGAGCUGGAUACAGGACAGGAUGCGGGCGAUGAGUGUGAUACUGAUGAGCUGCUGGACAUUGAUUUUAUCGACACUUCCUCUAUGCAGGAAGUGCUGCUGGAGCGUCAGGAUCAGCAGCGUAAUCUGGGCAGCUGCCAGUAUUAUCCCAAUGCCAGUCCCCAGAUCCUGCGACGCUCCUCGACGCGUUCCCGUCGCCGAAAUCAACAAGAGCAACAGGAACAGCAGCGUCGCCGCAAACGAUUCCUCAAGACGCGCAAGAAGAGUUGCGAGAAUCGCGAAAAGAUCGACAACUCGCCUUUACGGGAGCCACGAGGUAGUCGGAGCGUCGGUGGCACGCCCGUCUGCCUGCGACGACAGCUCUUGGGACCAAAGGAGCGGAUCUACAAGACGUCGCCGUUGUCGAAUCGCUCGAAUUCGUUGAUCUUUGGCAGCGUCAAUGAGCCGCACUUUAUGACCAUCGCGGAGAGCGAGAAGGCGUUGAUGAAGGCGGAUCUGGAGGCGGACAUGAAGUACAAGCAGCUCAUUAUGGAAGCCGAAUCGCUGCUCGAGUCCUUGAAGAACAGCCUGCAAAGCAUUCCACGUGACACGCCCGUCGCCAGUCCACGUCGCCUCAAUCCGUUGGCCAACAAACGCGUGGAAAUGCUGAAGCACAGCGAGGUUGAGUCCAAGAAGCAGGCACCACCAGCACCACCAACGCCUCCACUGGAGCACGAGUUGGCGGCGGCAAUUAACAAACGCAUCGAGCUCCUCAAAUUUGAGACUUCAGCCGGAGCUUCGCCUCCAAACAGCCCCAAGACGGGCAGAUGUAGUCCACGCAAGACGCAUCUGACCAAUUUUAUGAAUCAGAAUGCACCGCCAGAGUUGCCACCACGUAAACCACUUUCACCACAGCUGCAGCUAAACGGACGACGUCUUCAGGGAAGUCCAAGGAGCAGUCGUCGGCAAAUCCUAGCAAAUGGCAGUGACUCGGAACUGGAGGAUAUGGCGAAUCACAACUACUUGCCACCGCAGCAUAAAGUGCAGCAACCCUACAACAACAUGGACUACAACAAUCGCAAUGUGACGGAUAACCAGAAUAACUUCUAUUGUCCACACAGUGAGCCGCUGAAGCGUAAGGUCUACAAGGGCAGCAGCUCCUUUGAGCGGAUUAAAAAAACCUUCGACUUGGAGUUGGAUAUGAGUGAACGUCCAAAAUCGAUUGGGCAUUCGAAUAAACGUCACCAAUCGAAGCUCUUGGCUUCGGUUUCUGCCAAAAGCUCCAUGCAGGAUGUAACUGUAGAUAGUGCUAACAAGCAGCAACUUAUAGUUAGCACCAUUGUGGAUCUGAAGCGAAGUCUGGAACAUCAGAGCUAUCAGCUAAAUGGUCUAACAGAGGAAUAGCUUAAGGUAUCGAUUAUUAAAAGAGCUCAACACUGACUGACAGCCGAUUAAUCCUAUAAUGAUCAUCAAUACAUCAAUCCAUUAUACAAUAUCAUCAAUUAGACACAUAAGACCAACAGGAAUCAAGUCCAACAUCCCUCAGACUAAACAGAAAUUGAGUGCAAUAACUAAAUAGAGGAGCCUAGAGUUAAGUGAAACUUUUGAUGGACUGGAGGACAGCAGGUUAUACGUUUAUACGUAGAUUUAAUGGGAAUACAUAAUCGUAAUUGUAGUGAGUAAAUUGUUUUUGAUAGCAUUUAUUUAAUCGUAGUAGUUAACUAAUUUCUGUUUAUUGAUCAGCCAAAAAGUUACUCUAGUUUUAAUAGUAUAGUUUUAUAGUUUUUUCAUCUACAUUAAAAUGAUUCACUUACAAAAGUUUCUACUAAAGCCCCAAGUCGACAAAAAGAGUGUUGAAAACACCGCAAACUA